GAUAUGGUGGGUGGGCCGAGGCUGGCGGGGGCGGGGCAGAGGCCGGGGUAGCUGAGCAUUCUUGGCCUCUGAGGGAGCCGCAGGCUGGACACACGCGAGCCUAGCUGCGCCGCCGCACGCUGGUGCAAAUAUUCCGAGGCGCGGUGAGCACGGUGGAGGCUGAGGCGUUGCUGCAGAGUCGCGGAUACCCGGUGUCCCUAGCGCACUCAACAAGGCCCCCGUUCUCUGCAGUCCCCUGAGCAGCUCGCGAUGGCCCCGCGCAAGAAUGCCAAGGGCGGCGGCAGCCACAGCAGCGGCGGCGGCAGCCACAGCAGCAGCAGCGGCAGCGGCAGCGGCUCGGGCAGCGGUAGCCCGAGCACGGGUAGCAGCCGCAGCAGCAGCAGCCCCGGGGCUCGGAGAGAGGCGAAGCAUGGAGGACACAAGAACGGGAGGAGAGGAGGGAUUUCCGGAGGCUCCUUCUUCACUUGGUUCAUGGUCAUUGCACUGCUGGGCGUCUGGACAUCUGUGGCCGUCGUGUGGUUUGACCUUGUGGAUUAUGAGGAAGUUCUAGCCAAAGCAAAGGACUUCCGUUAUAACUUAUCAGAGGUACUUCAAGGAAAACUAGGAGUCUAUGAUGCAGACGGUGAUGGAGACUUUGAUGUGGGUGAUGCCAAAGUUUUGUUAGGACUUAAAGAAAGAUCUACUUCAGAGAGGACGUCCCCACCAGAGGAGGCCGAGCCACCCGCUGAGCUGGAGAAGCAGGCUGCUGAGGGGCCAGAAGUCCAGAAUGUUGAAGAUGAAGUAAAAGAACAAAGUCAGUCCCUUCUCCAGGAACCAGAACACACAGAAUAUGCCCCACAGCCGGAAGCAGAUGGAGCAUCAGGAGAGCCACAGCCAGAGGCUGAGGACGUCCUCACAGUGACUGAUGGAGAGGACAAAUUUGAGACCCUGGAACCUGGGGCAGUCCAUGAAGAAACUGAGGAUAGUUACCAUAUGGAAGACACAGCAUCACAGGACCAUCCAGACGACGUGGAAGAGAUGAUGAAUGAACAGGAAGGCUCAGGUCCCAGGGAAGCAGUAACGGAUGCUGAUAAGAUGCAGCAGGAUACAGAGGAAGCAACACACCAAGAUCAUAAUGCACCAGUACACGAACAUUCAGAAAAUGAAGGGAUAGAGAUUUCUGAUAAUUCCAUAGAAGAUUCCAGCAUCAUUUCAGAAGAAAUAAAUGUCCCCUCCGUGGAAGAACAGCAAGACACUCCACCAGUUAAGAAAAAGAAGCCUAAACUUCUGAACAAAUUUGACAAAGCAAUCAAGGCUGAGCUGGACGCUGCAGAAAAGCUGAGGAAAAGGGGUAAAGUCGAGGAAGCAAUGAAUGCAUUUGAAGAACUGGUUCGGAAGUACCCCCAGAGCCCACGAGCGAGAUACGGCAAAGCACAGUGUGAAGACGACUUGGCAGAGAAGAGGAGGAGCAAUGACGUUCUGCGCAGGGCCAUCGAGACCUACCAGGAGGCGGCCAGCCUGCCCGAUGCCCCCACAGACCUGGUGAAGCUCAGCUUGAAGCGACGGUCAGAAAGACAGCAGUUUCUAGGUCACAUGAGAGGCUCCCUGCUUACUCUCCAGAGGCUAGUUCAGCUGUUUCCUAGUGAUAUGGCAUUGAAAAACGACCUUGGCGUAGGAUACCUUUUGAUGGGAGACAAUGACAGCGCCAAGAAGGUUUAUGAAGAGGUUCUGAAUGUGACACCCAAUGACGGCUUUGCUAAAGUGCAUUACGGCUUCAUCCUGAAGGCACAGAACAAGAUAGCGGAGAGUAUUCCCUACUUAAAGGAAGGAAUUGAAUCUGGAGAUCCUGGCACGGACGAUGGCCGGUUUUAUUUCCACUUGGGGGAUGCCAUGCAAAGGGUCGGGAACAAAGAGGCAUAUAAGUGGUAUGAGCUUGGGCACAAGAGAGGACAUUUCGCCUCCGUGUGGCAGCGGUCCCUCUACAAUGUGAAUGGCCUAAAGGCUCAGCCGUGGUGGACACCCAGAGAGACUGGCUACACGGAACUGGUGAAGUCUUUAGAGAGAAACUGGAAGUUAAUCCGCGAUGAAGGCCUCAUGGUGAUGGAUAAAGCCAGAGGUCUCUUCCUGCCUGAGGAUGAAAACCUCCGGGAGAAGGGAGACUGGAGCCAGUUCACACUGUGGCAGCAAGGAAGGAAGAAUGAGAAUGCCUGCAAAGGAGCCCCUAAGACCUGUACUUUAUUAGAAAAGUUCUCCGAGACAACAGGAUGCAGGAGAGGACAGAUCAAAUAUUCCAUCAUGCACCCUGGAACUCAUGUGUGGCCACACACGGGACCCACAAACUGCAGGCUCCGAAUGCAUCUAGGGUUGGUGAUUCCCAAGGAAGGCUGCAAGAUCCGGUGUGCCAAUGAGACCAGGACGUGGGAGGAAGGCAAGGUGCUCAUCUUUGACGACUCCUUCGAGCACGAGGUGUGGCAGGAUGCCUCAUCCUUCCGGCUGAUCUUCAUCGUGGACGUGUGGCACCCGGAGCUGACCCCUCAGCAAAGGCGCAGCCUUCCUGCAAUCUAAAAGGAAUUGUCACAACCUUGGGUACACUCCCAUGAGGCUGCCUUUCUGUUUCUCCUGGGGUGCAGAGACAGACAUUCAAGCGCCGUGACUCUUUGGUCCCCUUGCCUUGCAGCUAAAGACCUCUAAGGUUCCUUCUGGAUGGGAAAUCGCUGGGAGGAGUAUUUGCCUCAGUGCAAUUCAUUUCGGAGGCCCCUUGCUUCAAGUCACCGUGGCAGCACAGAUGUUCUGCCUGGACUGAAGGGGAACACUUGGCUGUGUCUACAUUGCUAGCCAAAGAUAUUUUUCUACAUGGAGUAGUGUACACAGAGGGUAUACCAUAUGGAGAAACUGUGAAUGAAUCACUUUCAUUUGUAAUUUUUCUAGGCAGUUAUAUUUUUCUAGGUAGACAAACUAUUCUGUCACCAUCUACCCUGCGUUUCUGUCAACUUUGAUGAGAAGAAGUACAAAUGCGUCCCUUCUGACUGUUAAGUAGUAAUUUUCUGGUCAAUUCAGACAUAUUUCUUUUAGGAAAAAAAACACUUGUGAAAAAGGCAACUUUAUUUUAUUUUCCUAAUAUAAAUGGGAAGUUGCUCUGGGAUAUACAAACUAUGCCAACCCUUGCCCUUGGAUCUCCCUGUGUAUCUUCGUUUAGACUCAGCGUCUUCUCCUUCUCUGUGCUUAUCAUGGAAAUGCUAUCAAGCUCUUAUUCCUAAGAACAAUGCUUUCUCUUUGACACUGAACAAAGCCAUGGAAAUAUUUCAUGUUGUAAUAAGACAAUACCACAGAUAACGGGGCUCAGAGAAGAUCUAACAUGGACGUGAACAUUCCCACUCAGGGUCAGGUGACCAGAUAGCCUGGACUCUGCCUUCUGUGCACAGGACCUGGAAUCUGCAGUGGCCGCCUGUUCUAGGUCCACUUGGAUGCCAAGAAGAUGGCAGCUUGGUUUCUGAGAGUCUCCUCACAAUUUUGUCCACGUAGGAGAGCAGUGUAGGAAGUUCCCAGGAAUGCUGGGAUCCUCCCCCAGGUGGAGGCGGUAGAAUUUGUUGAAUUCUGAAUUUGCAGGCAAUUUCCGUCAUCCAUACUCACAAAAAGCCUGCCAUCUAAUAAUUAUUAUUUUGAAACAGCGUUUCACUUGCAUGUUUGAUCUGAGUAUGGCCCAUGGCAUAGGAAGAAGAAUGGAAAGUCAUCUUGCUGCUCGUUCCAAAGUUGAUCAGUUUCACCGGUAAAGCAUUGCUGCCUUGGAUUUUCUGUGUAACAGUUAAAGCUAAUUCAAGCCUCAGAAUGUAAUGCCAUUCACGCACUGAUCUCUAAGCCAGUCGAACAACAAUGCUGCCGAAAUGACACAUAUUCCAGCCACACAGGUGGCUAAAACACAGACGCAUUCUUUUCAUGCAGUGUCAGAAGAAGAUGCUUUCUGGACCUCACUUAGCGAGCAAUUCUUUGAGAUUGGCAUUGAUACUUUUUCUUUUAGCUUAAGGAUACUAGCUUUUAGUAGGAAGUUUACAAAAUAUGUGACCAUUCAUUUAAAAAGGUACUUUUUCCUUCUUUUGUCAAUGUUCAGAAAUUCCUCUAAGGCAUGGAAGGAAAAUAGCAAGUCAUCACCAAAUUCCAGAAAAGAAAACAAACUCUCAGAAAACAAAAGGUGUUUGUGUUCUUCAGUAUUUAUUAAAUGGAGGAACUUACCGACAAAAGGCAAUACAAUUCAGUGUUCAUGGUGUGACACUCAGCCGCCUAUUGGGUUUGGGUCUCCGACAUAUUACAUACACAUAACGAAAUGCAAACCAUAUGUUCUCCACUGUUAAACCGUCACCUUACAUUCAUGUCAUAAAAUGGUAGAAAUAAGUGAAAAUUAGCUUUUGACUUAGUAAAUAUAACAUGGUUUUUAAAAUAUGGUCAUUACAGUAGGAUUCUAAAUAUUGACAUGUGAAAAGCCAGAAGAACCAUUACUGUCGUUGACUCCAACAAUAUUUUGAGUACUUGGAUCCCACAUUUGUUUUAUAAACCCAAGCAAUAAAGGAUUUUCUAAUUCACUUUAAUCUUUCCAUUCUCUUACUCGUGUCACGAGAAAAGUUUCCACCAAUGCCUUGGUAGACAUUUUUCAGGGUUGUUAUUUUAUGAUUCAGAAGGUCUAUACCAAAUAAAUUGGUACUUUUAUAUAUGAUGAUGCAAUUGUUUGAGAAAUAUUUUGAAUUCUGCCUCAGUAUUACUCCUUCAAGGUUGGAACAUAAAAAUAGUAUUUGUUACCAUUCUCUACUAGUGAAAAUUAAUAAUAAACCAGUAGAUCAACUGAGAAGGAAUGUAUGUCUAGAAUGUAGCUCAGGGCUCAGGAGGGAAACACUUGCCUGGAAUGGCAAGGCCCUCAUUUUGAUCUCCAGCAUGGGAAGGAGGGAUGGAGAGAGGGAGGGAGGGAUAGAAGGACAGAAGGAGGGAGGAAGAGUCAGAGAAAAAAACAAAAGAGAAGGGGGAAGAGGAGAGAUAGGGAGAGGGAUAGCAAAAGAGAGACACAGAGAGAGAAAGAGGCAGGAACAGAAGGUAGACAGAAGAGAGAGGUGUCCACGACUAGCCGUAUUGUUUAGGUGAUUAUGGCUGAAAGUUAAAUUGGUUUCCUGUUUUCUUAGGUUGUUCAGCUAACAAAUCAACCUACCAAAGGCUUAAAGUGUGAAAUAUUUUACUAAGCAUUAUCAAUUGAGAUUUUCUUUUGACGUUAAGCACUCUGGUCUUAUCAGUCAGUGCCUAUGUCACACAGAUAGGUGGCGAAUGCGAUAUCUACAUAUACUCCACUGGUCUGGGGAAACAUGGCACAGAUAAAAUAUCCUAACCUUUGAUGUCUGUUUUAUGUCUGACUUCCUGCGAGUAGGGACUGGGGUCCAUUUCUAAGGAGAAUGGAUACAGACGUAGAGUGGUCUUUGGCAUUUCAUCUUGGCAUUUUUUUUUUUUUUUGUCUUCUCUUAGCGCAGUACUUACAUGUUAAGCCAUCCUUGAGGCCCUUUCUGUGUGAUAGUCUGCCUGCUCAGGUCCUUUCUCCACAGUUCAUAGGAGGGUGGGGACCAAGUGCCUUGCUAGCACUUUCCUUUGCUUGGGUAGGAACCCAAGAACUAACUUGAAUGGGCUUAUCAGUAUGUUGUUUUUCAAUGAGUUGCCUCCUCUCUGUAGACAUUCCCAUGAACGCCUACAGGACAUCACUUUGCUAAGAUGAAGCAGUCAGUUGUCAACUGCCUGUGUCCUCUUGAAAUCCAAUUCAUGAUUCAUGAAGUUAGCUGGUGGCCCGACUAACAAAUCAUUCUUGCAGGAUAUUUGAGUUAAGAACUUUGCCCGUGACCUGUGAGGUCAUGCUCUCAGGCUGAGCACUUAGAUGCUGGUGAUGGGUCGGAACGUAAGUCAAUAAAACUGGUCAUCAGUGUAGCUACUAUUGUCUCGGGGUUCUGCACUCCGUUACACUUGACCUUGUGUCUGAACAGUUUCACUCUGCUGUCUCUAUCUGGAAAUACACGUCAUCGUGUUACUCCUUAGAGCAACUUUUGUCCUAGUGUGUGCGCAGCAAAUUCAGUCUUUCCCUGUGUGAGUGCAUUUGCUACCAUAAAUGUGUGUGGGGAGGGAGAAUCCUUUUUACAUAGACGCCUCGCUUCAUCCUCCUAAUCCCUCCCUAAAACAAAUUAAUCGGUUAACUUGAGCUUGAGGAGCAUCCCUCCGAUGUUUGUCCAGUGUGGGCUGCUCAUACCAAUGGCUGCUGACGUCAUGGCUGGGGAAGCAGUGGAUGACCUCCUGUCGAGCAGAGCCCGUGUGUCUGUAGGUCAGUCGCCCGGGUGCUCCCUGGGCGGCUGCUCCACUGGAGGCUUGUGCAUGGGAGCAUCACGCGACGUGGCUCAGUCCAGAGCCAGCAGGGGCUGAGUGUUCUCAUUUUCUCCCUUCUCGUCAUGUUUCAGGGUCCCAGCUUCUACCACAGACUGAGAUCUAACAAGAGAGGAAGGA